GAUGCGGCGCUAUCCACUGCAUAUCAACGUCGCCCUCACCGUCGUGUUACUGGCGAUGUGUGCAACCGUGCGGGCCGGCAAACGAGAGAGGGAGGCCUGGUAUGAAACGGCAACGCGGGCGAUCGAGACGCGGAUCAGGGAGGCAGCGAGUACCAGCGUCAGCGGCACGACGCCGCCGACUGGGAUGGCACGCGGUGUCGUCCUCUUCGUCGGCGACGGCAUGGGGAUGAGUACCCUCACAGCGGCGAGGAUUCUCGCAGGUCAGCGUCACGGGAACCCAGGUGAAGAGACGCAACUCGCGUGGGAGAGCUUCCCGGCAGUGGCGUUGGCGCGGAUCGGUACAUUGAACCGGCAUACGGAAUGUAACAAUGUUCCGUACUCGUACAUCACUAAUGAAAUGUUAGAAUUAUGGUUUCGCGUAACAAUGCAACGAGAUAACGUCGAUGCGCGUCGACAUACCAUGGAUGGUACGUUGGUCGCGAAGAUCAUAUACAUUCCACUAGACUAA